AUGGGGUUAAUGCCCAACUUUGCAAAGUUGUCUUGUGGCCAUCAGCUAUUUCAUUACUCCAAUUUCCAAUUUGUGUCUUCUAGGUCCAAUUUUAAGCUUUUGGCUGUAAACGGAAAGCUCUAUGCCAUUGGCGGUCAAUCCCUUUCCAAUGUGGAGUGUUACAGCCCAGAGCACGACUGGUGGAAUUUUGUGGCAUCUAUGCCAAACCCUCUUGCAGAAUUUUCAGCUUGUGAAUGCAAGGGCAAAAUUUAUGUUGUUGGGGGAUAUACUACAAGAGACAGGAAUAUGAACAUCUUGCAGUACUGUCCCAUCUCUGACUGCUGGACCAACUUUCAGUUGUGUGAUGUCCACAUUCGCAAACAGCAGAUGCUCUCUGUCGAGGAAACCAUCUACCUGGUAGGGGGUUGUAUUCAUGAACUGGGACCUAACCAAAAAUCCAGCCAAAGUGAGGACAUGUUAACAGUGCAGUCUUACAACACUGCUACCAGAGAAUGGCUCUACCUCAAGGAGAACACGUCCAAAUCAGGUCUCAACUUGACUUGUACUCUCCAUAAUGAUGGGAUCUAUAUAAUGAGCAGAGAUAUUACACCAUCUACAAGCUUGGAACACCGGAUUUUUCUUAAGUAUAAUAUAUUUUCAGACAGUUGGGAGUCACUUAGACGCUUUCCGGCCUUUGGACAAAACAUGUUGGUCUGCUCUGUAUAUUUGCCUAAUAUGAUAGAAGUGUAAUUACACCAUUUUUUUUUCCUUUCACUUCAUCAGUCAUUUUUGGAAGAAAUAAAUUAUUUUCAUUUCUGAAUGGGACAUGGUCACAUAGCCUAUGCAUAAAAUAUUGGUUCUGUUUAAAAAAAAAAAAAGUUGCAAAACUCAAUAGAGAUGUUUCCAGGAUUUUUGAAAAUUUCAAUUAAACUUACUUUUUGUUGUUGUCUGCAGUUUAAAUGAUGCCAAGCCAUGUGUGCAAUCCAGAUACAACAGCACUGUGCUGGUAUCUCCCUACAGUUUCUUAUGAAACAUCCAUGUAGGCACUGGGCACAUUUGCACAAAGAUUUAAAAGAGCUCCCCUGGGUAUUGGAUGUUCUUUUAAUGUAAGUUAGUGACAGGCAAUGAACUACUCCCUACAUUUAAAAAAAAGCACAGGUCAGGGGGCACUAAACUCAAAAUGGGGAACGUCUGCUCAGCUGGAGAAAUGAUUUUUAAAUUUAUUUUUUAUUUAUUCAGUAAGCUUCUCCAAAUACUCAGCCAUUAAGAUCCAAUUGUAGAAACAAGGGAACAAAUUGUGGGGGCAGGUUACAUGGCAGUAGAAUGCAUAUGAGCCCCAGAAGGCUAAGCAGGCUAGCUCCAUCUUGGGGUUGGUCAGCCCCAUGUACAAAAGGAGUGUGGGGCAGCUCAGAGGUGUGGUGAGGAGAGGUGAGCUCAUGUAACUGAACUGUCACCUGAGCAGCUCUAUGUGAAUCCUUGUCCUUUACCUUCCCACCAGAUGGUGUUAUAUGGGUUACUCUAGCCUGUGGUCUAUGGAAAUCCCUUUUCUGCCCCAUAGGGAAGGGGCAGGCAGAGAUGAGACCUAGACCUCUGACUUUUCAUAGGUGCUAAUUUGGGGGAUUUGGGAAGAAUCACUUUUGGGGAAGAGGGUUCCUGUCCUCUCCUUACAGCCCCUCUCAAAUUGCCUGGGGGGAUCUUUAGUCCAAUUGGAUCCUCUUCUCUCGCUAGUUGCCAGUUCUGAAGAGCCUGUUCACUCUAUCUGCUUGGGUGGCAUUCACAACUCCUCCCCUGGCAAAGGGGAGAGAUAGGACAGUCAUGAAAGUCUUACAUCUGCAGAGCCCAUGCCACAGCUUUCUCACAUAGCACGGAUGCUGCUGAUUCCAGGACUGGGCCACUUAUCCUUGCUUGUUCAAUGAUAGGGGAAGAUGGAGAAUUCAAGCUUAUCCCUUGCAGUGGUUCAGUCAACGUAGAAGCCUCUUUUUUGGCUGGAGAGAAUAUGUGCCUGCUGGUUUUGUGCCCACAAAAUGAACUGCCGGUGCAAGUUUGACUACAGCAAUCAGGAGGCCUCAGCACUCAGGUUCGUGCCUACUGUCCAACUAGGCGCACAAACAUGUGAGUGGCCAUGGUUUUGAAAAUGUGACACACAAGGAGCAGCUGCCUCUGUUAUACCAGCACAAGCAGGCUAAGGGUACAUCUACACUAC